GAUCCGGAAGGAAAUGUACCCACAUAACAAGAAUGAUGGCAAUUAGUUAUAAAUGCAUGUACCACACAAUCCUGAGCUAGCUACAGCCAAGCCUAUCACUAAAUAGUACUGUACUGGUGGACCUAGCCGGCACUGAAACUCAGUUAUGGAGCAGAGACAUUGCACUUUCGUGUUGAGUGGUCUAUUGGUGGUCUCUCUGUUCUCUUGCACAUCAGCACAACGAUGCACUCAAACUGUGUCUCCAACAAAGUACAUUGCUUUUCCAACUGUCUACAAUAACGUACUUGUCCUCAGACCUUCAAUUUGUGAACCAGUGUUAAGUGGUACCCUCUUUCGCUGUGACUAUGCUCACGUUCUAGGAGAUGGAGCAAUGGUUCCCUCUACUCCUGAUCUCAGCAACUCAAUGUAUUUGGGGCAAUUUGUCGCUUGGGAAAGAGGUUCUGCGUCCCCUUAUAUUGACUUUGACCUCACUACAGUAACGACUGGUGUUACGGCUAUUGAGCUCAGUUUCUUGAACAGUCCUUCCAGUAGAAUCAGUUUGCCAGACAUUGAACUCUCGAGAGUAACAUAUGUACUACCAUCUUUUGCUACAAACACAGUAAAUUCUUUUCCAAGCAGACUUGUUGACAAUCAAGAUUUGGCCCAAACAGAUAAUCAUGUCAGAACUGUUUUUAUUCGACCACUUCUCUCACAAGCUUCUCUCAACCUUAGGAUCAGUUUUCAGUUCGAUACCUUCCAUGAUUUUGACUGGCUCCUACUCAAUGAAGUACGAUUCUGUACAGAUCAACAACCAAGUUUCAGGCCAGUUGUUAUGUUCCUAGCACCAUUGUCCAAUGUUAUCCAACCUAGUGCGGCUGACCUGACAAGAGGAUCAACAGAGUUAGUGUGCACUGUUUCCAGUGAUGGACCGUACACAUGGGAGUGGGAGAGAGACAAUGUUACGAUACAAAAUAAUGGGGACUACACAAUCACCAUUGGAGACGGAAGCAGAACAACUAAGUUGACAAUCAACAAUCUAGACUUUAGUGAUGCUGCUGAAUAUAAAUGUACGGGAACAACAGUGGAUUUAUCGAUCGUACUGUCUACAAACUCAUCAAUACAAGACCUUCAAUUUCCUGAGUUUAUCACUGCACCUGAUGUCAGUGGGUAUCUACAGACUGGAGAGGUUACCCUGACUUGUGAGCUCCAUGGUUACCAGUCAUCACUCUCUCCUCCUAUGUGGCUAGACUUUGGUGGCAGUGAAAUAACUACCACUACAAAAUACACCAUCACUUCUGAUGAAGGGUUGAAGACAAUUGUCUUUGAGGAUGGCACUACUAACCCUAGUGUGAUUGUCAGCCUUACAAUUCGAGACCUAUCGUUAGAUGAUGGAGGGAACUACACGUGUCGUGGUGUCAGAGGAGGAGAGAGUGUCACUCAACUUGUGAUCAAAGGUGGUACAGCCCCUCCCACUACACUACCCCCCACUACACAGCCCCCCACCACUCCCUCAAUAAACGGAGGAACUAACACACUCAGUACUGGCACAGGUGGGGAAAAGUCUACUGGAGACAAUACUGGAGUGAUUGCCGCUGCCGUGGUUGUGGUCCUCUUCAUUGUCAUCAUACUAGUGGCCAUUCUUGUCAUUGUUUUAUUUGUUUAUAUUCGAAUUCGAGACAAGAAGACAAACAUUAGUCCUACGCCGCACGGUAACUCAUACAUAGAGGUGAAUCCAAAGAGACGAUUAACAAAAAAUGACAUUCAAUGGCGGCUAUCUGCAAGAGAGACAGAAGAUUCUGAUACGGCUCAUAUUUACAGUCUGAUUGAUAAAAACCGAGAAGAAUCGUUGCCUCCAGUUCCCUCUCAGGAUUUCGACGAGACAGAUUUCAAUCAUAUGGGAUUUGAAAACGAGGACAUCGAGGCAGUUGAGUACAAUGAAAUAGACCCGCAACCUGGACUAAAGGUCCCCAAGAGAAGACCCACAAAUUCUACCAAGCCCAAACUCGCAAAAAUCACUAAAGUGGACUCCCAGAGCGCUUUGGACCAUAAUCCGAUAUACGAAUCAACGUCUAUUAUUGGUAAAGCAGCCAAAAUGAAUGGGACCCUUGAUACGAACCCGACGUAUGCCCAACCUGAUAGCUAUCGUAACAGUUUCACGACAGUCAGUUCCACAAGUGAUGCAGAACCUCUGUAUAGUGAAGCGAUUGGACCCUCUCAUUUCCUUAGCAGUAGCAGUCUCAAGAGCAGUACUGAGCCCGUGUACAGCGAAGCUUUGAAUCCAACCAAUUUCAAACAAGACAAGUCGGAAAAGAGUGAUAAAAAUCUCCUACCGUACGGACCAGUUUAUGCGUUGCCAUUACAAGUGACGAAAGUGGACGAACCUCCUAGGAUCACUCCUGAUAAUAUUCACGAGACGAGCGAACUUGGCGUUGGUCAAUUUGGAGAAGUAGUGUUAGCGGAAACUGUGGGCUUGAGUGAGAAAGACCUAAAGCUUGGUAGCAGCACUGACAAGAAUGCACGGAUCCUAGUAGCAGUGAAGAAGCUGAAAGAUCAGGCCGAUAGCUCCAUGAAGGAAUCGUUUGAGAAAGAGAUUAAGUUCAUGUCCGGUCUCUCCGAUGAGAACAUUGUUAGACUGUUGGCUGUGUGUGAUAAGGAGCCAAAGUUUAUUGUGAUUGAGUACAUGGAAAACGGAGAUAUGUACCAGUAUUUGAAUCAACACGAACUUGCCCCUUCAAUUGACGAAAUGCAAGAAAACCAAAUACCAGUUUCGAUACUUCUGUAUAUGGGUGUUCAGAUAGCCAGUGGAAUGCGAUAUCUUGCUUCUCUUAAAUACGUGCACAGAGAUUUGGCUUCUAGAAACUGCCUUGUGGGCAAAAACUUCAUGGUGAAAAUUUCCGAUUUUGGCAUGAGUCGCAGUCUGUACGAGUCAGUGUACUAUCGAGUAAGAGGGAGAGCUAUGCUUCCUAUUCGCUGGAUGGCUAUGGAAAGUUUCUUUGGGAGAUUCUCUGAGAAGACAGACGUCUGGUCAUUUGGUAUCACACUGUGGGAGAUAUUCACUAUGGGGAGAUUCCAACCUUACGAGGAACUGGAUGAUCAGGAUAUCAUACAGGAUGCAGUUCGAAACAAGCAACGUAAACUACUACCGAAGCCCGAGGCAUGCCCUGAGGAUGUGUACCGUGUGAUGCUUAGAUGCUGGGAGUACAAACUUGAAAAUCGAGCUACAUUCGCAGAAAUCUUUAACUCUUUGUCAGAAAUUCAACAAAACAUGUAGCUAUAGAUUCAUGAUUUUGAUUCAUGAUUUUGUGUGUGUGCAUACUUAAUGCUUUAUAGCUAGAUUGAGUUUGUGGGUAAUUAUUCAUUGAGUUUUUUUUUAUUCCUGUUUUGCUGUGUUUACUAAUUCUUCCUGUCCAAAUGUGUUUGUGUGCAGUUUAAUAUUGAAUGCACAGACUAGACAA